CUCCCUCACACCUGGAGAGUCUGACCCUUGGUUCAGUUUGCAGCUCCGGCUCCAAGCUCUGGGCACAGCCUGGACUGGGCGGCUUGGCUGAAGAAGCCCGGGGCCACCCUAGGGGCGUCUGACCUACCCUAACAGAAGCUUGGCACCGCUUUUCAACACCAUCGGUUACUUUCUCUUUCUCUUUGCGAUCUCCGUGGGCUGGUUCUAAGGAGGAGCGGGUCUCUGUCAAGCCUGGGGACUAUGAGUAGGAGGGAAGGUGGGCAGGAGCCUUCUGGGCUCGAUCGCCCAGAACCCUCCCAUUCCGGGAGCUGUAGCAGGAAGAGGGUGGGGCCUCCACUCACAUGGCCCAGGAGGUUACUUGCACUUCUGGGGUCUCCCAAAGCCAGGGCCUCUACACAGGAAAUGCAACCCCAGCGCCUGGGGACCAGAGCUGGGAUGGGACCAGCCUGCCUGGGAUGCCGCUCUCCCGAUCCGUCGAUCAGGGCACCCUCCAUGCUGAACUGUGCUUCCUCUACUGGUUCCACAACCAAAGACUGGAAAUGUCCCCUGGUGAAAAGUACAAGAUCACCUGGUACGUGUCCUGGAGCCCCUGCAGCGACUGUGCAGAGAAGGUAGCCACAUUCCUGGCCGCACACCGCAACCUGAGCCUGGCCAUCUUCAGCUCCCGCCUGUACUACUUUUGGAAACCAGACUACCGGGAGAAUCUUCGCAGGCUGACUCAGGAAGGAGCCCAGAUGGCUGCCAUGAGCUUUCUAGAAUUUAAAAAGUGUUGGAGCGAGUUUGUAUACAAUGACAACCAGCUGUUCCGGCCGUGGAAGAAACUGACUCGCAACUUCAGUUUCCAGGACGAGAAGCUUCAGGAGAUUCUCAGGCUGCUAACAGAGGAAGUAUUUUACGUGCAGUUUGGCAACAGUCAGAAGGUCAAGCCAGUCCAGCAUCGCUACUGCCGCAGGAAGACCUACCUGUGCUACUGGCUGGAGGGGCCCAGUGGCCCACGGGUACUCAGCGGAUACCUGCAAAACAAGAAAGGUAAACAUGCAGAAAUCCUCUUCAUUGAUGAGCUUCGGGCCAUGGAGCUGCACCAGGUGCGAAUCACCUGCUACAUCACAUGGAGCCCCUGCCCGGAAUGUGCCCAGGAACUGGCUGUUUUCAAAAGGGAUCGCCCAGACGUGGUUCUCCGCCUCUAUACCUCUCGCCUGUACUUCCACUGGAUGAGGCAGUAUCAGAAAGGGCUGUGUUCCCUGUGGCGAUCAGGGAUCCAGCUGGAAGUCAUGGACCUCCCGCAGUUUAGUGACUGCUGGACAAACUUCGUGAACUCGCAAAACCCAUUCAGACCGUGGGAUGGACUGAGAAAAAACAGCGCGCGCAUACAAAGGCGGCUCAGGAGGAUCAAGGAGUCCUGGGGCCUGCAAGGUUUGACAAAUGAUUUUGAAAAUCUACAACUCUGAACCCACCCACGUUGCCAUGAAUGUCAAGAUGAGAUUCAAGACAGUCUCUAAAAGGUCUUUUGGCUUCCACCCCAACUCCAAGUUUAGAAGUUGCUCGCACUUGGGAGGCAGAGGCAGGCGGAUCUCUGUGAGUUCGAGGCCAGCCUGGUCUACAAAGCAAGUCCAGGACAGCCAGAACUAUUACACAGAGAAGCCCUGUCUCAAAAAAAC